UGUGGGUGUGUGGGAGAGUGAGGGUGUGUGUCUGUGUCUUUUUUUUGGCAUGACACUGAUCAGGUAAGUCAACAGGGAAGUGGAUCUAGUGUUGAGUUGACCAGGAACUCAGUCUCUCACUUGAGCUGAGCCCACUUUGAACAACAGACCGAUACAAACACAAAAAACAACGGCUGAAUGGUCACCAAACUGCUGGCAGCAGAAGGGGAAACGUACCGCCGGGAGUUCGGGUUAAAAGAGGAAAGAAGGACAGAACCAAACCGCAGUUUAAGUUCAAUAUGAUAAGGAAAAACGUGCAAUACAUUUUUUUGGGCACCCUGGCGGUGAUGAUAAUCUUCAUUGUCUAUCUCAACUUUGACCAAACGUGGGAGAUUUGGAACAAUGCCGUCAGGAUGAACAUCACAAAUUUUGUCUUUUUAGCAUCUCAAACUCCAGAGGCACCGCUGACAACAAUAUCUACAACAGAAGAACCACACUGGGAAGAUCCUGGACCAUUUCAUGUGGCCUAUCCACGGAAUUACAAAUUCAUCAUGGAUGACACGCCAGUGUGUAAGACCAGGGAUCCCUUUGUGAUUUUGAUGGUCCCCGUUGCACCCGGUGAGGUGAAAGUUCGGGACGCCAUUCGAGAGACAUGGGGCAAUGAGAAAAUAGUUCUGGGUCAGGUGGUGGACACCCUCUUCAUACUGGGUCGGCCUGGAGGAGCUGAUGCGGAGCAGGUGCAAGAGAAGCUCCAGCAGGAGAACCAGGAGCACCACGAUCUGAUUCAGAGCAACUUCCGGGACAGCUACUACAACCUGACCAUCAAGUCCCUGGUCAUGCUGGAGUGGCUGGUUGCAAACUGCAAAAACAGCGCUUACUUCAUAAAGAUCGACUCCGAUACAUUACUCCACGUCCCAAACUUGGUCAAACUUCUGCUGGACCCGAGCACGGCCAAACAGAACUACAUGUCCGGUUUGGUUUGGUGGCACAGCCCAGUCAUAAGAGACUCAAACAACAGGUUCUUUCUGCCACCCGAGAUCAUUGCCGAGCCAGAGUACCCCCCUUAUCCUCUGGGCAUGGCCUACGUCAUGUCCCUGGACCUCCCACGCAAACUUUUAGGUAUCUCCACUCAGAUUAAACCAAUCUACAUCGAAGACGCCUACCUGGGUAUGUGUCUGAAACGCCUGGGCAUUUCCCCCACUGAACCACCCGCACCCGGUAUGUAUUUAGUCGCCCCCACGCAUCCGCUGAGCAACUGCAGCCUUUCAAAGGCCGUCGUUGUGAUGACGACGGGCAUACCGUUGAUGAAGAAUUACUGGGAGAGGACCAAAGACCCGGACCUUACAUGCUGAACAUAUGCCACUGCAAAAACUCAAAAUCUUGCCAAGUACAUUUUUUCUAAUUGCUCGUCAAAAUAUCUCAUCACACCUUUAAUAUAAGACAAAAUCCCUUAAAGAGUAAGAUAAAGUGAGACCAAGGAGCUUGUUCUUGAGUAUCUUGUUGAGUGGAACAGUCAUGAAAACAUGUUAUUUGGAGUCACAGCUUUUGUGACACGUCAUAAGGUUGUUAUUUGCAUUGAAUUGAGACAACAAACCUGCUUAAAACGACAUGGUCAACAUCCGACUCACAACUCACAAUGCACAGAACAGUGCGGGUGUUUGUCUUACGUAGGUGGUGGACUUCAAUCUAGAACAGUGUCACGACUAAUCAUUAGUUAAAUACACUUGAAACGAACAGGACGACAAAAUAAACAGAUGCUACCUUUGAGGGGAAACUACUAUUGUUGAGCAUCACAAGCUUAUGAUGAGACACGAUUCAUCACAAUACUCGUAAAAUAUAGCUGAAAAGAUCACCCUAAUCUUGUAAGUUUUAAAUAUAAGUCUUAUUUCGAGAAAUCUUACUAAGAGACUUAUUGGCAAAAAAAGAUAUAUUUUGCUUGUACUAAGCAAAAAAAAUCUUGUAUUUUUGAGGCCUUUUUCCCAGUGUGAAGACUUGAAUUUAGGUUUUUUGGUCAUGAGGUUAAUGUCUUUUUGAUUAUACAUGAGCCCAUGGACACAUUUUUUAUUAAAGAAAAAAAAAAGAAAAAGAAAGAAGAAAUAGAAAAUCUAAGCUAUGGACUACAAAAAGUCUGCAUAAAAAUGGAUUUGUAGAGCUCUAUGUGGGGAGUGUAAACAUAUCAAGUGUAGCCAAAGAGUUUCUCUCAACACAGGAUUCAGUCAAUAAAUAGCAUUUUGUCUUAUUUUUUUUGUAAAACUGCCACAAAAUAGCAUUUGGAAAGUGUUAUGUUAUUUGUGAAAUCAUGGGAUUUGGCUUUGUUUUGUGUUUUUUAAUGGGGAUUUCUUUUUGAAACGGUAAACUGAAGUUGCUUUGUGAAUGUGAACAAAUGUACUGCUGUACCAUAGGACUGCUCAGGGCAUGUGGGAAAUUCUAGAUCCGCUAUCAGAUGUGUUUGUAUUAUUUAUAUUGCAGAUGUAAAAAAAAAAAGAAGUGUUUACUUGAAGUGUAAAGGUGAACUGUUUUAUACUUUGAGAUAACAGCGCUGGCGUGACCGUUUGGACCUGGUUUGUGUUUCUGCACUGCUAUGACUUCACCACGGGGGGGCAGGAAAACAUCACAUUCAGAGACACAAGAGGCAAAGUUGAAUUUGGCUCCUUUUCUAUGCUCUGGUUGUCUUCUUAAAAGAUCACGUGACACGAGAAAACAAACCUCGUCAUGGUUGUGAUUAUUUAAUUGAAUCUUUAUUGAUGUAUACUCUUUUUUUCCAUGACCUAUGCUGGAUUUUAAAAGAGCCCAACAACCGAUUAUCUGACAGACAGAGAAGUUUCUUUUGCCGAAUAGGUGAAUUCUCAUUUGUGUUGGUUUGUCAUGAACAUUUUCUCGAAUGGAAACAGAGCAAAUGUCUUCAAAUGUCAAGUUUUCACCCUCGAUUGCGGUGGAAAAGUUGGCACAUCGAUAAAAAGGUGAUUGCAAAUGAGUGCUCCAGUGAGUGAAUAAAAGGUCAUGGUCACAUUCUUUA